AUGUUUUCUCUGUUUAUUAAGAACAGAUAUCUUCAUCUCCUUCAUGCAUUAUCCUUUCUAACAGAUGUCAGUAGGAUCCAGAGCCAUUUUGGAACUUUACCAAGGAUUAAGGAUGAGCACAGAUCACAUCAAAUCAUAUUUGGAAGUGACCAAGACUGGAGGCAGGGACACCAGAGUUUUCUGUUAAAAACUAGUGCACGCAAGAAAAGAUGA